AUGUCUCGCGUUGGUGUUAUGGUGCUGGGGCCUGCAGGUGCGGGCAAAAGUACAUUUUGUAAUUCUAUCAUAUCGCAUAUGCAAACUGUGGGACGAAGGGCUCAUAUUGUGAAUUUAGAUCCCGCCGCAGAGGCUACAAAGUAUGAAUUCACCGUUGAUAUUAGAGAUUUAAUUUCUUUGGACGAUGUCAUGGAUGAAAUGGAUUUGGGCCCCAAUGGUGGAUUAAUAUAUUGCUUCGAGUAUCUUUUGAAUAAUUUGGAUUGGCUUGAUGAAGAGAUCGGGGAUUUCAACGAUGAAUAUUUGAUCUUUGACUGUCCAGGUCAAAUUGAACUUUACACGCAUAUUCCCGUUUUGCCCAACAUAGUGCGUCAUCUAACCCAGCAAUUGAAUUUCAACCUUUGUGCCACAUAUCUUCUAGAAGCACCAUUCGUGAUAGAUAGUUCAAAAUUCUUCAGUGGUGCACUCUCGGCCAUGUCAGCAAUGAUACUAUUGGAAUUGCCCCAUAUCAAUGUGUUGAGUAAGUUAGACUUGAUAAAAGGUGAUGUCAACAAAAGAAAACUAAAAAGAUUUUUAAAUCCCGAUGCAAUGCUAUUGAUGGAGACCGAGGGGAUGAAUCAAGUAUCUAAUCCGAAGUUUUUGAGAUUGACCCAGUGCAUAGCUAAUCUUGUUGAUGACUUCGGGAUGGUUCAGUUUUUACCCUUGGAGUCCAAUAAUCCUGAGAGUAUAGCCACCAUCUUAUCAUAUGUGGAUGAUAUUACGCAGUGGGCAGAGGGACAGGAGCAGAAAGAGCCCAAUGAUCAAAUAGAUGUCGAAGAAUAA